AUGCUUGUUGGAGCGUUUGUCGAAAGUUUCCGCGCUACCCGGAUUAAAGGCAACCGCUUAGACCGGAAUUUUGCGGCCAUGACCGACGCGGAGAUUCAAAACUACAAAGACAAAGGGAUUCACGGAACCACGGCUGGUCUGCUUUACAACUUAGUUUUAACCAACGACGAAAAAACUUUCAUUACCGACCAAGCGGUCAAUACCGCCCACGCUAAACACGAGGCUGCCGUGUUAUUAGGACACUUACGAAACAUUAAAGGCCAGGACGCCAUUAACGCAGCGAUUGGUAAUGGAACAACUACGGCUGAGCAAUUGGCUAUUUUAAAAGAAUUUAGUAAUGCUGAAAGCAAAAGUCCAAAAGGUCUUGCUUGGAAUCGGGCAAAUAGUGAUGAUUUUAAUACUGGUCACGAUAAUGGGGAAGCAGGAUUAGCAACAAAAAUACUCAACCGUGUUGCGGAAAUGCACACUAACACCGCUGCGGAGGACGCCGCCCUUAACGACGCUGACCCGACUGAAUACCGUCGCCGCUUUAAAGCUGCGGCUCCGGGAGCUACCGCUGGCCGUCUGGACCCUAAUAGUCUCCGCCGCGCAAGCAACGAAGCGCUUACAGCCGACGACAUUAGCGACAAAGAUUACACUAACAACACUACUAUCGCCGCAAGCGGUCUCGCCGCCGAUUACAACGACGCUAACGUAAUUACUACCACGAAAGCCGCUGCGGAAAGAGCUCUUCAUAAUGCAGGUGUGGUAAAUGGAGCAAUUGGUAAGUUUAAUUUAACUGAUUACAAUAAACUUUAUCCUUUCAAAGAAGCUCAUACUACUAGUGUUGACAGUGAUGGAGGUAAAUCUUGGAUAAGUGUUAAUAAUCAACUAAAUAAUAUUGCUACAAAUGUUUUCAAUAGAUUUGAAGACUUAUAUGUAGACGAAUUUCUUGCUGCCCCUAGCACUGUUCCGGGUGCUGACCAUGACAAAAUUGAUAGUGACAACGAGGAUGCUUUUGGUGCGGUAAAUGUAGGCAAUAGAAGAAAUGAAAUCAUUGACUGA